CUGCAGCACAACUCCAUCCUGCCGAGCAGCAGCACUGUUAGCCCCGCCCACACACACGUAUCGGCAAAAUGUCCGCCUCUGAGUGCUCCGACGGCUUUGUGGUGAAAGUACGCGGCCUGCCUUGGUCCUGUUCUCACGAUGAGAUCGAGAAUUUCUUCUCAGAAUGCAAAAUUGCCAAUGGCUUGUCGGGCAUCCAUUUCAUCUAUACACGGGAAGGAAGGCCUAGUGGAGAGGCUUUUGUCGAGUUUGAAACUGAGGAAGACCUGAAACUGGCGCUGAAGAAAGACAGAGCAACAAUGGGCCACCGAUAUGUAGAGGUUUUCAAGUCAAAUAAUGUUGAAAUGGACUGGGUUCUAAAGCACACUGGUCCUAACAGCCCAGAUACUGCAAAUGAUGGUUUUGUUCGUCUCCGAGGUCUGCCCUUUGGUUGCAGUAAAGAAGAGAUUGUACAGUUUUUUUCAGGGUUGGAAAUCGUGCCAAAUGGGAUAACAUUGCCGGUGGACUUCCAGGGGAGGAGUACGGGGGAGGCCUUCGUGCAGUUUGCUUCACAGGAAAUAGCUGAAAAGGCUCUAAAGAAACACAAGGAGAGAAUAGGGCACAGGUAUAUUGAAAUAUUCAAGAGCAGUCGAGCUGAGGUUCGUACACACUAUGAUCCUCCCAGGAAACUCUUUGGUAUGCAGCGUCCAGGCCCUUAUGACAGGCCGGGAGCCGGCAGAGGCUAUAAUAAUUUAGGCAGAGGUUUUGACAGAAUGAGACGCGGAGCAUAUGGAGGAGGUUACAGUGGAUAUGAAGAGUAUAAUGGAUAUAACGAAUAUGCUUUUGGUGCAGAUCAGAGGUUUGGCCGUGUGUCUGACAGUAGAUAUGGAGAUGGAACCAGUUUUCAGAGCACAACUGGCCAUUGUGUACACAUGAGAGGACUCCCCUACAGAGCAACUGAAACAGACAUUUAUACAUUCUUUUCUCCUCUAAAUCCAGUAAGAGUUCACAUUGAGAUUGGUGCAGAUGGAAGAGUAACUGGAGAGGCAGAUGUUGAAUUUGCAACCCAUGAAGAUGCUGUAGCAGCAAUGUCCAAGGACAAAGCAAACAUGCAGCACAGAUACGUGGAACUGUUUCUGAAUUCUACAGCUGGAGGAUCAAGUAGUGCAUAUAGCAGCCAGAUGAUGGGAGGAUUAGCAGCUGCAGGGGCACAAACGAGUUAUGGCAGCCCCGGGACUCAGGCUUUAAGUGGAAGCUAUGGAGCAGGAUAUGGAAGUCAAGCCAGUUUAAGUGGUUAUGGAAGUACAAGUGGGUUAAGCAGCAGCUACUACAGUAGUGGAACACGAGGAUCAUUAGGAGUAAAUGGAAUGGCAGGCAUGUCGAGCAGUAUGAACAUGAGUGGUGCUUGGGGGAUGUAACUGAACAUUUGUGUUUUUUUUUCCUGGGGGUGGGUGGGGUUGUUUUAAGCAAAACUAAUUGGAAACACUGUUUUUGCAGUAAAAAUAUAUAAUUUAUGCUUACUGUGGGACAAUUUUUUAAAAUAACUUCCAUAUUUCAUUCAGGCAUCUGGGUACAGUGAUCUGAAGUAGAUAUGUAGCUGGUAAAACUGCAGGAUUUCAAAGUUAGUUUUGUAAAAGUACCUAAGCAAGUCGCUUAUUGGACUUGCUUUUCCAGUUAUGUUAAGUAUUACUGAUGUGUACAUUGUUCUUAAUGCAUGUUAAAAACAUGCUUCCCUUUUGUAAAAUAUAUGGGCUUUAUUUGAACUCUACUGGUAUACUUUUUAAGAUGUGUGUUUUGUGUUUUUUGUUUUUUUUGUUUGAGUAAACCGAAAGCCUGAUUUUUGUAUUACUUUUUAGUUGUUGCUCAAUGUACUUUAUCAAAUAAAUCAGUAAAAAGAAAAA